UUCACUCACUAACUCUCUCUCUCUCUCUCUCUCUCUCUCUCUCUCUCGGCCAACUUUGAUCUUUCGUGGCGAUUUUGAAGGCUCAAAACUCAGGAAACCCACUGUCACACACACUCGUACAAAUACCCACGAUUGAGUUGCAUGAAUAUCUGAGUCCAAGAAUACACUUUUUAAGAGAGAGAUAUAUAUAUAUAUUUAUAUAUACGCGUCUGAGUGUCAGUGGCAGAGUGUUCAGUUCUGGUGCUGAUCGGAUGGCUUGCAUGCGAGUUAUGACGAUGGGAAUUGAAUCGAUCGGUUGUCGUUCUUGCUGAAGAACCGAGACUGAUUAAAAACAAAGAAAGAAAAAGGCAAGAAAAAGUAAUUCAGAUUUUCAACUUUUCUUGUUUUCAGUAGUAAUCCCGCAUGGAGGCUACAGAAUUGUAGCAUUCCUUUCCGUUGAGACUCAAGAACCAGGUUUUCUUGUUCUUUUUCUUUUAUGCAAUUUGAUUUUCGAGCGAUGGAGUUUUCUCGGGAAACAAGGGAGGAAUUUUCGUUUUCCAUUUGAAUCUGGAAAUUGAUCGAUCGCUUGCAUUGAGAUGAAUUAGAACACAUUUUUCAUAGAAUUAUUAGAUUAGUUAUGCUGAGGAAUAGAUCUAGAGCGGUGACCGGCAAGCAAACUCUAAUGGCGGAUCACACUUCUCUGUCGUCCCCUUCCCAAAAUCGAACCAGACCCAAUUCGUCUUUCUUCGGUUCACCGAGGUUUUUCAGUGGUCUGCAGCCCAAGGCACCCUCCGAAAUCGAAACCGUAAGUCCUACUUCAAUUCUCGAUAGCAAACAAUUCCCCUACCACCCAUUCGGGUAUGAUAAAAGCCAGUCCAAACUUUCCAUCAACUUCUCGGGAAACGAACACUCCCGGGAUAAACCAGACCCCAAAGGCGUUGGCCUUGCUCUCGUUGACUCUCUCAACGAUCAAACUCCGGAUGACAUUCACAGCUUCUCACAACCCAAUAGCAGAAUGGUGCUGUUUGGAUCGAAGCUCAAGAUUCAAAUUCCUCCUCUUCCAUCCUCUCCACUUUCACCCAUCCAAUCACCAAAAUCUCCGGCAGAUUUCGGAAUCAAAACCCGGAAUUCAAAUCAGGCGGCUUGCUUAUCUUUGUCCCCAUUUGGUUCUGUGAAAAGGGGCUCUCCUCAGCCGGAGUGUCUUUCUGCUACUGAAAUGGAGCUCUCCGAGGACUAUACCCGGGUAAUCUCUCACGGACCCAAUCCAAAAACUACUCAUAUUUUUGAUGACUGUAUUCUGGAAAGCUGCUGCGGCGUUGCGAAGCUUUCUGAACUGAAAAAGAACCACUCUUCCUCUUAUUCGCCGGGAAAACCCGGCUCCCCGCCGGCGAGCUUCCUCAGCUUCUGCUGCACUUGCAAGAAGAAUCUUGAACAUGGCACGGACAUUUAUAUUUACAGAGGAGAAAAGGCCUUCUGCAGCAGGGAAUGCAGGUGCCAAGAAAUGCUUUUGGAUGGAGUGGAGAAUCCGGAUUCGGAUGGUCCUUUUAGGACUUGUUCUUGAUCUCUUUCUUGCUUCAGAGCCCUUAAAGAAAGUUGAUACAAAAUUCAAUUUUCCCAAAGCUUUUAUUAAUAGAGGGUUACUCUACUUGUUCCCAUGGAUUAUUAAUCUAAUCAAGGUUGCCCCCCUUCUUUCUCUUCUGCAUAUAAAACACAAAAGAGGGGGUGAAGAAGAAGAGGAAGAAGUAGACGAUAGACAUCAUUGAAGAUGAUGAUGAUGAUGCCCAUUUCCUCUGCCUGUGAGCUUCUUCCACCCAGUCUUCUUGCUUCGAGUAGGCGAUGAUGUGUGAUUGGAACUUGGGUUUUAUCUUUGUUUAAUUUAAUUGUCAUGCUAAUCAUCUUCUUCUUGUUUAUCAUUACGGGCAUUACUUUUUUAUUAUCCUGGAACUUAUUACUAUAAUUAUUAUAUAUUGGGUAAGGAUUUGUCUCU